CCCUCCGCCGGGCGUGUGGGGACGCCGGAGGGCGGGAGUCUCCGCGAGCCGCGCGGCGCACGGAGCACGGCGGCCGCCUGAGCUCGGCGCGGAGCCCGGAGCCCGCAGCCGGCAGUCUCCUGCUCCCGUACGCUGGGCGCCAGCUCCGGCUGUGCUGCCCGGCUGCCUGAGAGCUCGCCCGGCCAUGGAGCCCUCGCUCAAAGACGCCGAGACGGCGGCGGCGGCGGCAGCGGUGGCGGCGGCGGACCCCCGGGGGGCGUCCUCGUCCAGCGGGGUGGUGGUGCAGGUCCGCGAGAAGAAGGGCCCCCUGCGCGCCGCCAUCCCCUACAUGCCCUUCCCCGUGGCCGUCAUCUGCCUCUUCCUCAACACUUUCGUGCCGGGACUGGGGACAUUCGUCUCGGCCUUCACUGUGCUGUGCGGGGCCCGCACCGACCUCCCGGACAGGCAUGUGUGCUGCGUCUUCUGGCUGAACAUUGCAGCAGCCCUCAUCCAAAUCCUCACUGCCAUCGUCAUGGUGGGCUGGAUCAUGAGCAUCUUCUGGGGCAUGGACAUGGUCAUCCUUGCCAUUUCCCAAGGCUACAAGGAGCAGGGCAUCCCACAGCAGCUGUGAGCCCACGGGAGCCACUGGGGAGAUCCAGGGGGGCCCUGUGAGGGCUGCACCAGGCAGCUUUGGGCACAAGGACCUUUACAUGUUCUCUUCUGCCAUUUUCUGGACUGGGGGUGGAAAGGGGGUAUUUUUAAAAAUAUUAUUUAUUUUGAAAACGCAUCUGCUUUUCUCAGCAGGUUGUGAGGGCUGCCAGCCCCUCCUGCUCCGGAAAGCACUGUGGGCGCAGGCACCAGAGCAUCAGAGAGUGGGGUGGAGAUGAGAACGCCCACAGAGAGGCUGGGAUGCUCCGGCAGGCUCCAACCGGCCUUGCUGUACCCACUGCCCACUGCAAGGGCACGCCACAGCUGCUGGGCCGGGCCACACAGGGCCCUGUCUGGGUGAGCAGGGGCUCACCAAGGGGACAGGACUGUGGUAGACCCAUCCUCUGGGACCCCACCUGCCUCAAAAUCUGGUGCCCCAAGUGUUUACUGUGUGGUCUCCUGGGGGCAACACCAGGGUGGGGGUGAGGAUGGCCAGGCUCCAACCUAGCGUGGAAAGGCCCACUGUGCCCACAGCCGGCCUGAGGCCUCGGGGAGAAGACCAGUCCCACAGGUGUCUCCUGGGCCUGCCUCCCUGACCGCACCCCCCGCCUCCUCACAGCUGAAAUCUAAGGGCUGGGUGUGUCGUGACCUGUGUUUUCCUGGGAAGGAGAGGAGUGGCUCCUUCCCUGGGGUGAAACUGCCAGAACUGCCAGAUGUUUAUACACAAAGUUACUAAACCGAAGCAAGAGUGGGCAGACUAGCAGCCUUUCACCCAAUACUUAACAGCAUUUCUGGCCCACAUUCCUUUUUCUGAAGUCAUUGGGGCCAGAUGUGUCUCCGAAUUGAGAAGUUUUAGAUUUGAGAAAGACAAUGCGAUCCAUUUAUCGUACACUUUCUAACUUCCCGGCAGAGUGUGGAACAUCUCGCCUAUCAUCAGGCACGUGAAUAUUUCUGCAGAGAAACAUGUGACUAGUCCCAUUAAUUGGGAGCUAUACAAACUGUAAAUAGCCUCACCUCAGUUCAGUCUAAUUUUGCCACUAAGUAACUUAGGGAAAAACUUACCAUUUGAGAGCUUUUAGGGUUUCAGAAUUGCAAGAACAAUUGUAUGGGGUUGUGGACAUGGAUCUGAAUAUCCUACUUACAAACAGAUGCAUUAGUGGGUGAAAUUGUCAGCAUUACACGGGGACUCCUUCAGUUGCCAAAGGACCACGGGCCUCUUUAAGGAGCCCCUCUGUAAGUGAUUGGGACAGGGCUAGAUCCCUAAUGAGGGCUAGGGGUGGGGAGAAUCUAGCAGAAGUUGUCCGGGAUACUGUGGAUCAAGUAUCAAUCUGAAAUUAAGAGAAAUUAUAGUAAGAGGAUGGACAUUUACAUGUCUGUUUCCUUUCCUUUCAUUUUCAUUCUAACAUAGGAAAUGCUAACAGGUGGGGCUGGCCCAAAGUCAAGCUUCUGACUCCACUUGACACAGUGCCAUUGGGCAUGUCCCUCUUCGAAGGGCUUGUUUGUCUAUCAGAGACCGUCAGAACUCCAUGAGGGCAGGAGAAGGGAUUUUGCAGGAUGAAAGUGCUUGGGAAGCAGUGGCCACCAUUCUGGAGGUUUCAGUCCACCUACCCCAUCCACUGGGCUUUCUAAUCACAGUCCUGCCUGAGAAGCCGGCCCUGCCGCCCACCUCUUAGCAUGGAUCCCUCAGCUACUGUCCAUCUUCCAUUGCCGCCUGGGGCUGGGCUGCCAUUUUUGAACACCUGGCAGUGUCUUUGUCGCAUCCUGUCCUCUCUUCUUACAGACCCCGACCCAGGCCUUUGCCUUCUUCUCUCCUGUUUGGAAGCCUCUGUAUCUUCAAGGUGUGGGAACAGAUUUGGUUUUCUCUAAAAAGCUAGAACCUUCUGCUGUGUGCAGCGGGCAUCCUCCAGGCUGGUGCUUGCUGCUCUCGAGGAAGCUGCGUCAGAGUGGAGCCGCCCCUCCACUCAGAUAAAAUAGCUUCAGCUGCAGGAAGCCGCCCCCUCCCAUGCCCACCAGCCCACAGCCCUUCACCCCACACAGCCCCCAGAGUUUGCCCGACACCCCCUGAGUGAUGACAGGUCUCAGGAGGGGGCCGCCCCCACACAUGGGAGGGAGAAUCUUAUUUUCCCCGCUUGGGCUGGGGGCGGCUGCUGAGGGGGUGAAGAAGAGAUAGCAAUUUGUGUCGCAUGUUUAGUGACACAAUCCAGAGGCAGGUGGGACUUUCUUGAGUGGCAGGUGUCACCCUGGGUCCUGUGUGGGACGGCUUAAUACAGGGGUUUGUGUGUUUGUGUGUGUGGAGGGCCAUUGCGCCCCCAGAUCCUCCUCUCCCCCGAUGGCUGCGUCUCUAAACCUGGGAACACAUCAGCCUCAGAAGGAGGCCCCUUUCCGGGUAACUGAUGUGUGGGAGAAGCCAAGAGGCCCCUGCCUGUCUCCUGAAUGAGGCUGUGAGGGUUGCCACGUGGGCGGGACCGGUUCAAAAUAGCACCCCCGCCCCUCUAAAUUAGACCGUGGUCUCAUCAUGAUCAUCUUCAGUAGAUAAGGGACAGUGGCUGAUUUACUCCAAGUAGUUCCAGCUGGCCACUCAGACCAGGGCCAGAGUUAACUUCUCAAACACCAGCCAGCUGAAAAUUAGGGUUCUCAUGCUGGCAAGUGCUUGGUUGACACACAGCCCUUUGGUGACAAAGCUGGGCUUUGCCUGGAUAGUGCAGACAAGGCUGUUGGUUCAGAGGCUGCAGGGCACAUUCCAGGUUGGGGCCUUUUGUCAGUCGGAAUUCAAUAGGACGCUCCCUGGCUGUGGGUGUUCAGUGCAGGAAUCACAGGCUUGCAGAGAAAGUCAGAGGCAAUGAGAUGCUCCCAGUACCCAACUGUGCCACUGGGAUCAGGGUGGCCAUUCCCUGAUCUAGGGUCAGAGUGGGACACUAGAGCCAGAGUGAGCUGUGGGUAGCCUGGGUGUGUCCUGCAGACGGUGGAGACUGUUGAUUUGGAUGUUGGGCUCUGAGUCAGUUUUAGAACCAAGGAUCUCAGGCUGAGAAGGCCAGGUCCCCAUGGGAGCGGCAGGAGUCUGAUGGCUCCUGGCUGCGGUACCAGCCCCCAGCCCGACUGCCUAGCACUGGGGCUGCAGGGCGGGAGCUCUGCUGCUGGGGCCCACCCCAGCCUGCCACGCCACUGGCCUUGCCAUGGUAAGGAAGGGGCAGGCAGCAUGGUUCCCACCCUCAGCUGCCCCAGACCCACGCAUCCAGCCCCAAGAACAGCCUCACCCAGGCACGGUGCAGGGCAUUUUAGCUCCUGGGAGAGGAGAUGCUUUUGUGAGUUUCAGAUGUCAGAGCAGAAGCUCCAAGAGAGAGGAAGGCGUAUGCCCCCAAACACUCGGCUCCUAAGUGGCAGGACAGGCAAGUGGCCAGGUUGGGCCACCCCCACAGCCUGUGCCGUCCACACACUAACUACAGCACUCCCAGAAGAAGGAGCAGAAUCACAGGCAGCCCAGAGCAGGUCCUGUGGAGGGGUCCUCGCCCCUCAGGAGUGAUAGGGUGAUUAUGUCACAUGUUUAGUGACACAAUUCCACCUGCGUCUGGAUUGUGUCACUAAACAUGCAACAUAAAUUACCAUCUCUUCUCCAUCCCCUCAGCAGCCGCCCCCACCCCAAGCUGGGAAAAUAAGCUCCCUCCCAUAUGUGGGGGCGGCCCCCUCCUGAGACCUGUCAUCACUUAGGGGGAGUUGGGCAAAACCUCCUAGGAAGGUCCUGGACGCCUCCACCCUGCCCCACAAGGCUCCGUACUCCCACCUGCCUGGGCAGCCCUCACACCCAUGCUCCCUCCUUUAGGCAGGCCCAGAAGGGCGCCUCUUCCUGAGGGUGUCGGGGGAUGGCAGCAGAGAGACAGCUGGUAUUAGGAGCUUCCCCAUCCUAAUAUGCAGGACCAAGUCUCCCGCUCUCGCAGCCAGGGGCUCCAGCCAUGCUGGCACAGGCAUCUCAGAGGUGUGAGAUGAACUCAGCCUCAUGCAGGAUGCCCAGGGUUAGGGAGCAGUAAGGAGGAUGCUACAGAAAGGAAAUGCAGAAAGAAAAAAAGCCACAUGGUUAACUUUUCCCCUGGAGGGCAAAGGGGUCCGGCUCUCAAAAAGAAAAGCCAGGCACAGAUCCCAACACCAAGUGUAAGGCAGCGCAAAGUGGGGCUGAAACCCCAGGACCGGGUCAAAGGCCCUCCGAAGGCCCGAGGUUCUCGAGGAGGAGGGGAAGCUGAUAGGGCCCUGGUCCUUCUGCACCAGCGUGGCUCUUUAAACUACAAAACACCCACGAAGCCAAAAACCCUGAAACAUGUUCUUUAGCUAACCCCUUCCCUGCCCAGAUGCCUGCAAUUCUGAGAAUUCACUUCAGUUUUGCCGGGAUCCAUCCCUUGGGCCUGAGGGUGGAGAGCCGGGCCUCCUCAGGGUCCCUUCUAGGCUCCCAGGCCCACCUUAGGCUUUAAUUGCACUGGCUGUUUCUUAUGGUGUUAGUGAAUUUUGCAAAGAAAGCCCAGAGCAUUGCAUAAAUGCUUGGGGGCGUGUCAUUUAAAUGGAAGUUCUCCAAUAGUGGCUGAAGGCAGAGUUUACUGUUAUUCCUCCCUCUUGCUGGCUUUGUUGGAGGGCUUUUAUUAGAGGGAUUGGAGGUGGGAGAGCACUUUUAAAGUGCACCCCACCCCCUGCACCGGAGCUGCACCUAAGCUUCCCAGAGACCAUGACCUUGUAUGUGGCUGGAGGCCUCAGGCUUAGGGAGCAGCGUGAAGCCUUUGCUGCCAACCCACCCAGGAAAGAAGCCGGGCCUCAGGUUGAGGAAAGACAGGGUUUCCUCUCCAGGUAGUGGCCUCAGGCAGUCCUCACCAGGGGGACACCUCCCUGCUUUGCAUUAACUCAUCAGCAAGCUCAGUGAGAGCUAACGUGGGCCCAGCGGUCCUGUGCUUGGAAAUGAUGCCUUCACCCCCACACUCCUGCCUUCACCCCCACACUCCUGCCUUCACCCCCACACUCCUGCCUUCACCCCCACACUCCUGCCUUCACCCCCACACUCCUGCCGUCCCAGCCUCCGCAGGUGAAGCUGCAAGGUGAGCAGAGGCAGGAGUGGGGACACACUCUUCAAGGACAGCACUGCCCCUUCUCCCUCCAAAGAGCUCUGUGCGCUGGGUUUGGGGAUGAGGUGCCAGCCUGGUCGGGGGAGGUGAUUGUGGUCCUUCUGACCGGCUUGGAUCUUGAAAACAAUCACAAAAAAGUUCAGCCCGAGCAGGGGGGUGCAAGGCUCAGGGGCCUGUGUUUUCAUCAGUUUUCUUCCUGCAAGAUUCUUAGAGCUGGAUGUUCACGGGAUCAUAGGGGCACGGAGGUGGUCACGCUCAGACAGUCAUGCACUGCCCUAAAUCCCACGCCCUGCAGAGAUAGGAAGAAUCCCAACCAGAGUGACCCCAAACGUUCCCUUGUGGCCCAAGAGUGAGUUCCGGCCUGAGUGCUGUUAUGACUGCCGGCGUCUCUCCGACUGCCUCUCACCUCAGUUUAACCAUCUACAGGUUAGGAACAAAGAAGGGCUGAGGCAGCCAUUGUUUCCCCAUUUCCGUCAGAGCCAAGGGCUUGGAGGGCCAGCCCCAUCCAGGCAAGGGCUGUCCUCUCCUGCCCAGGCCUCACCUCCUUGCUGCAGCUGGCAAGAUUCUUUCUAGCAGAACAGAAACACUGGCCCCCAAUUCUACUCUCCCCUCCUGAUGCUACCGCAGAGGGCAGAAAGGUGCCCUGUAGCGUCCACUGUGUGUGUGUCCUGAGUUUCCAGUGCAAGUCAUCUGGAUUUGCAUUUAGCUAGGGAACCUCGGCCCUCAAACCCUCUCCCUCUCUGCCUGAAUGUGCUAAAAUGCCAACCAUCCAGGCAGGUGUGGAUGCCACAGUCCAUCCCCAUUGCAUUUCACCUGCACAUGGACAGAGGCACACACUCACACACAUUCCCAGCACCUUUGACUGCUGGGGGAAGCAGGCCAGGGUCUGCCUGGAGCCUCAGGAUUGGGACUUAUCUCCAAAGGAGCCCACACCCCCUCUUCCGGGAUGGGCGCUGGCUGGCAGCACUUUUUUCCCUCAUCACAUCCCCCACCCCUGCCCAGCCCACAUGCACAUGCUGCUUCCUGUCUCCAGGGCCCUAGCCUGUGGAUCUCUUGCUCCCAUGCACUCCUAGGGUGAGUGGGCUCAGCACCAAACCUGGCUGUGCCCAUUCCCCACAACCCCAGCUUGGCCUCCUGUGGGAAGGGGAAGGCGGACCUGCCCAGAGGGGAGGGGCAGCGUUCCCACCCACCUGCUCCAGCACAGGAACCAGGGAGGAAAGAAAGGAGAGGGAGGUUCCAUUCACCGUUUUCUGGGUUAGCGCUUCAUUGGAUGUUUCAAGCAAGGGACAAAGUGAUGGUGGCUGUAACAGGCUCCUCAUGGGCACCGUCACCCCAGAAGGCCUGGGCACCCAUGAGAACCUGUGGCCAGCCCUUUUCAUCGGCUAAGUUCCCUGCUGUUGUGCGUGGUGCCAUUUUUUUUAAAAAAGCCAACAUAUAUAAAAACAAAACAACUGGUUCUGUGUGUAUCAACCUAAUUUACAUACGAAUGAGUGUUGUGUUGUGAUUUGCAGUGUUUUGACACCGUGAUUGGCUUUGUUUGGGUCUCUCUUCUUUCUCUGAAAUUAACUGCUGUGCGUUUUCACUGUUCUUAGAGAAGACUCUGAGCUCCUGGGGUUUUCUUGUCUCACUUCUACCCUGACCCGCUGGGAGCCCACCCCACCCCAGUCCAGCCAUGAGGGUAUUUCCAGCCUAUUCCAAUGACUGGAACACUUCUUGGAAGAAAACGUCUAAUGUCGGGGACCUAGGGACACUUCCAGACUUGCCCUGGCCAGAACCCUGCAGCCUGGGGCCCAAGCCCGCCUGCAGCUCAGCUUUCCCCAACACCCUCAGGACCCAGCCCCAGCAGACCUUCCCUGGGAGCUGCUCAGGGGUCUCCACAGCGCCCUCUAGGGGCCAAGCAGGGUUCCAGAUUCUCCAGCCUUCUGCCGGCUUUAAAACCCUUCACUCAAGCAGCAUUACUGUACAUGCAAUGAAAAAUACUAUAUAUGACAGUCAAAACCUGUGUACAUAUCUCCAUGUACAUAUUUAUACAUACACACACCUUCCUAUUAUAAAUAUAUAAAGCAUGACAUCUCUUUGGCAUUCCAAGUUUGUGUUUUUUUAAAUCCUUGGAAAUAUGGCUUUGGAAACCUUUUUCUUCCUUUCCCUCUUUUCUAUGUUGUAAUAAACAUUCAUGUGACCUUUC